GACUAGCCAUUUAAUCUGCGUCGGCGCACAUGGCAACAAGGUGAUGUGUGGAUCAGUGGCCAGUCGAAGUCAUUUUAAUGCCCGCCAGAACUUUAGCCAACUCAAAGAAGGUUUAAGGUUUUGGUACUGUAGUCACGUUUUACGUCUGGUUGACGAUACAGUGGCCCCCGGGUCUGGUCUGUUAAAUUUGCUUCGCCAGGGUUCGUCAAAUUAUCGCGUUCGCGUUGUUGCUCCCCUGAUUUUUUAAAAAGCUAAUCCGCUGAUGCCAACACGUGCAAAUACUCAAGCUUCGACCAAGAACAUGUGGUAUCCUUUCCCUAUGGUCCUUCCGUUGGCUCUGUUGCCAAAUCGGGACUCGGAUAAUUUACAGAUGUCCUGUGCAUCAGGGAUAAUUCAGAUGAACAUGUUGCCUUAUCGGUAUGACCAACGUUUCUUUCCAAAUGCAAUGAACCAGUUAGCUGACCCUUUUACAAUAGAAGAAGGCAGAAAAUUCAUUCUAAACAGGUCUGUGUUUGACCUGGUGAAUGUCACACAUUUCCUGGAGCUGACAGACCCCAAGCUGCUGGGUUGGUACCUAUCUCUGCCUGUGGGGGACCGGAGGUUAAUUCAAGAGGAAGGAGGACUCCACCAGUUUCUACGGAGGCAUCCUGCUCUGGAAGUUGUCGGACAACUGGUAUAUGUGAAAAAACUGGUUGACAGUUGCGUGGAACCUCCUGAUAUUAGGCAAACAAUGUCAUCGUCAAACCUAAACAAAUCCAGAAGGCCUUCAUUCUAUGGUGUGAGUCAGUGUCCCAAUUGUGGAACCAGUUGUUCUUCAGGAGGUAAGAGAUGCCCACGCUGUAACACUCCCAUCCAGAAGAUGAUCCCUGCAUGCCGCACAGACAAGUGGAACGAGUUAAGUCUUCUUCCCAACAAUGUAAAGCAGGAGCUAAAUCUGUUCCACUGUUCACGACAUGAAGGAGUCCAGUCAGUCCAGGUCCACCACCAUGUUGCGCCUGGAGCAUUGCAGCAGUUCAGGGAUUGUCAGCUUCAGCCCUUAACCACCACCACCACCACCACCACUACUUCCAGGUCCAAUGCGCUUGGCGGUCUGGUGAACCUACAGGAAAGCUUCCACUCAGCCUGCAGUAUUACCAGUGAGAGACAUUUCGGGGCUGCAGAGGAUCUUCUACCUCAAAAGGAGGCACACGUCUCCAAGGUCCAGCUGCUCUCUCAGCUGUGGGAGGAAGGGGGACGGCAGGAUGACUGCAACAACAGUAGUGUGGAUGGGUGUAGAGAUGCUGACACCCAGGCUAGCCACUCUCUGGACAUGGAGCUGGAGAUGCAAAUUCAGAGUGCAGUCAAAAAGGGCCAGUCUGCUAUAUGCGACCAAGGUGAUUCUGUGACCGUGCCCAGCCAGAUGACAGAUUCCCCCAUUUUGGACCAGGUGUCUCCACCAGAGUACUACAGCUUUAACAGCACACAGGACUAUUCUGACUGGAAUGACACCACCAACACUAGUAAUAAUAUCAUCCAAGUAGCAGAGCUGGAAUGUGACAAAUCGUUAUCACUCAUGGACACCAGCAGGAGCACUGAGCAGCCCAGCAGAGCAAAGGAGGCAAACCCAGAUGAUGGCGAUAUGCUGUCCUACAGUGUCGAAGUCUCUAGUGAGUUCUGUGAUUGCACCCUUGAUAACUGUCCCGCCCAGCUGGCUGAUGCAGAGAAGGUCUUAAAAUGCACGCUGCAGAAUCAGAACAUUAUGAAUGAGGAUGUGAGCAAUCUCACGGAGAAAGGAAAUAAAAAGGGGACAGCAGAUUCAAACUUGACACCUUCACAAACCAACAGCCAUCACUCAGGUUGGCCUAGAGAGAGUCUCACUGCACCUCAGAGCCCCCCACAAAAUGAGCAAUCCAUCUACGACGAGUCCUUCACGUCCAUAAGCCCAGGUGCGGAAGUUGGGACUCCUACCCAUGGUGGUAAUGGUGUAGAUGUUGCCUCUGCAGUCAACCUGAACCAGACGUUUGUUCUUACGCCCCCUAACGUCUCAAAGCCUGAAGAGAUCACAGCCGCCCGGUCAAUGAAUACAUCGCCAUUACCCACUAAAUACAACAUGUCAGUUGGUACUGAUCUAAGUCUGUCAUGCUGCCACCUGCAGAGUCAGUUGCAGGGCACUGCCUCUGCUGACAAGAAUGUCAUCACCGAGGUCCACAUGGCUGACAUGGAUUAUCUCACUGAGGAAUUAAUCAAGCUGCAGUCUACCAAAGAGGAACUGAACAAGCUGAAAGAGAAAAUGGCAAGUUCGGCAGGUGUGAGAGAUGGAGGAGUUGGUGGUGGCGGUGAUGGAGGCUGCGGUGGAUGUGACUGUGCCAAGCGUGCCAUGAAGGCAGAGCUGAGCCUGCUGACUCUGCAGUAUGGGAUGUGUCAACAGCACUGCUGGAGGCGCUACUACACCUCACCUGAGGGAGACCUCCUGGUCCAGGGGCCAGAGGCUAUUCCUGAGAGCCUGAUGAAGGUCCUGCAGGUACUGGAGGUGGACUACAGGGAUAUGAGAAGAUUGGUCCUUUCAGGUGUACCCCUGGACCAGCUCAGACCCCUUUCUGUCAACUCUGAGACCAUCUCAUCAGAGACCACUUACAUCCCUGCACUGAUUAUUUACAAGUCUUUGGGAAAUGCUAUGGCUGGUGCCUCAGAUGGGAGCGCUCAGCAGUUUCAGGUAGAGAAUGCUCACAGACUUGGUGGUGAAGGUAGUAUGGGGAUUGUUAAUGAAGAGAGCCCUAAGGGAAAAGGGCCAGUGGUCCAACCCAAUGCAGAGGAUACAGUUGUCCACUGGAAGACUGAGGACUGUUCUUCUGAGAAGGCAGUCAGCCUCGUCCCCCAGAAGCCUGUGGUCGGUCGCUGUUCCAGGCCAGGUGACCACAACCACGCCACUGAGGCUUGGUACGACGCGGAGGAGGACCUUGUGCCAAGCGCUGUAGAAGGCAAAAGUCUGGAUGUGGGGGUGGAGGAGGAAGAACAUGAAGUUAUUGGGUUGAAGGAGGAGGAUCAGAGCUCGUUCCUCAUGGUCACCGGCCUGCCCACCGAGGUUACCGAGGCAGAAAUGAUGCUUUGGUUUGAGAAAUAUCAGCCAUGUGAAGUGAACAUAUCCACCUUUAGCAACAACAUAAGGGUUGCCAUAGUGACUGUGAGCGGUUCAGAAAGGGCUGACAGUGCUGUAAGCGAGAUGGACGGGUGCCGUAUGAAGGGACACACUGUACAUGUACAGCACAUCCUCAGACCCAGUAUUGGGAGCCAGAGACUGGGUCAGAACCAGCCAGGUCCCUCAACCAGCAUAGAGCCGGAGUCCUCUGGAAUCAUCCCAGGCUCCCAAAACUCCAAGAAAAGCAACAUCCAUACCACCAUCCAACCAAUGGCCCUGCCUCUCCGCCUCCAGAAGCGCACCACUAUCUGUGACUCCCCCACGGCCUCAGGGACCUGUGUGCCCCAGCACUACGCCACCAUGGGUAGCUUCGAUACAGUAAUGGCGCGGCUGUCCGAGCGUCACCCGGACGUGGGGAGGCAGAGGAUUGUGAACGCCCUGUUAGAGCUAAGGGCCGAACUCCAGGGGUCCCUCUGUGGCCUGCCCCUUAGCACUAUUGUAGACAUGACUUCUGACCUACUGAAACCAUAAGGACUUGCACGUUUUCUCCAUUCUGUGUUGUCUGUUAAAUUCAAAUAUUGGUUGACUUUAGUUGUCAAUGGUCUGUACCCAGAGCACUGUUUUGAUUUAGUUCAGUGGAGUUGAACAACUACUAUUACUCCACUCUAUCCACUGUUUUGUGUCUCAGAGAGGACGUUUUCAUUUAUUUGCAAUGGUUAAUUUUACAUUGUUCCUUAGAAUUUAAAAAGGUUUAGUUGAAAAGCUCUGAAGGUUCUGUAUUACAUUAAUAACAGUAUUCUCACUAAGUGGAAUGAUAAAAAUGUAAUAUGUUUGUGCCAAUGUACGUAGAAUUGUUUUAGUUAAAUGUCAAAUUUGUUAAGGAAUAUAUGAAGCAGUUUUUUUUAAGAAAUACAAAAAGGUUUUCUUUACAUGCUGCAAUGUAUUGCCAUCUGGGCUAUUCGGUUCAUUACAAAAUCCCUAUGUUUUGUAAAUAAUUUCCCUUUGUUUAUUUGUUACCAUAAAUAAGACUUUCAUUUGGUAAUUGUGUGGGUUGUUUUGUGAAUUUUGAGUAGUUUAAUCCACACCAUCAUCCCAAACUGUCCCUGGUGUUCUCUGUAUGAGCGCACCUCAUAGUCUUUUACGUUACCACGCGUUUGCUUCUGGCCAACAGUGGUGCAUGCGCCCGGAUUUUUGUUGA